AUGUCGACUCGUGACUUUGUCGCCGCAGCGAGCGAUCCAUAUCUCCACGGUGGGGAUCCCCGUGAAAGAGCAGAGCUUCAAGAAAUGUCAUUCUCUUCCGGAAUAAUCGUUAAUAAAACGUUUGACGUUAGAUCUCUAGAUCCUUACGACCUAGCUUAUGUGAUGAUUGAUAUAUUGAUAAUUCUUUUACCGGCUUCACAAAAACAUGAAUAUUCGUUGACGUUAUAA